GUGCUGUGAACUCUUCUGUCAGAUGGCGGGCACGGCACGUCAUGAUCGAGAGAUGGCGAUCCAGUCCAAGAGGAAGCUCACCACGGCCACCGAUCCCAUUGAAAGACUCCGACUGCAGUGCCUGGCCAGGGGCUCUGCAGGCAUCAAAGGUCUUGGCAGAGUGUUUCGAAUUAUGGAUGACAAUAACAACCGGACCCUUGAUUUCAAAGAAUUUUUGAAAGGACUAAAUGAUUAUGCUGUAGUCAUGGAAAAGGAAGAGGCAGAAGAGCUCUUCCGGAGGUUUGAUAAAGAUGGAAAUGGAACAAUAGACUUCAAUGAAUUUCUUCUCACAUUAAGACCUCCAAUGUCUAGAGCCAGGAAAGAGGUAAUUAUGCAAGCUUUUAGGAAGUUAGACAAGACCGGAGAUGGAGUUAUAACGAUUGAAGAUCUUCGUGAAGUGUAUAAUGCGAAACACCAUCCUAAGUACCAAAAUGGAGAAUGGUCCGAAGAACAAGUAUUCAGGAAGUUUCUGGAUAACUUUGAUUCACCCUAUGACAAGGAUGGAUUGGUGACCCCCGAGGAGUUUAUGAACUACUAUGCAGGGGUUUCAAAAGAAGAAUUUUUGAACUAUUACGCUGGUGUUAGUGCUUCUAUUGACACCGACGCCUAUUUCAUUUUAAUGAUGACAAAAUCCUGGAGAUUAUGACACUGUCUAUUAAUUCUUUUGGAAAUCAUGGACUCUCAGAGAGUGGAAUGACUUUGAAAGAAGUCCACUGCUAUAGAUUUUUGAUAAGAUAUAAACUGAAGUUUCUGAAAAAGCUAGCCUAUGAAAAGCAAUAGAUCUUCAGUCAUCUUACUUAAUUGCCUGGAACAUAUUCAUAUUCUUAAAUGCCUAGGAUAUAUAUUUAAAUCAGAAAGAAAGGAAGAACAGAAGGAAGAAAGGAAGCCAUGGAGUGAGGCUGGAAAGUGGUUCUUAGGUGAAAUCAUGUAUUUCUUGUUAUAGUUGUUUCUCUUAUAGGUGUACAUGUAGGUGGUUCCCCAACUUUCACUUAUUUGUUGUCUUUGGAGUCUUUAGCAGGAGGUGAUGAUAAAAGGAUUGGAGGAACAUCUGACUGUGUAAAAUAUCCUGAGCUUACUUAUUUUAAUGUGUCUCUUGGUGAAUACAAAUAAAAUUUAUUUUAUUCUGAAAUUUAGUGGCUUUUUUACCCCCCUAUUUUCAUAUUUUGAUCCAGGGAUUUAAAGUCAUCAAAUUCCCACACAUGAAUGAACGGGGACAUAAGUGAUUCUGGGGACAAAUGGAGGGUGAGCUCAGUUGGCCCUCUUAGUUGAAGGCUGGGUUUUCAUGGAGUGGGAUCACUUCCUGGGUUGGCCUAUUAGGAUGAAAAGCAGUGCACAGGGAAAUCGAUGGGCUUAUAAGAAGCCUUGGAGACUUUCUGGAGCUUUAAGGUAAAUUGAUGAGGAGGACUUUGAAAAUGUUUUGGGAAUUCAUCUUUGGAACCUACAUUUAGGUGAUACCAGGUUUCUGGACCCAUUUCUCUUCCUCUAAUAUCUGCUUCUCGGGAAACAAAAGUGGCUGAGAAUUGAUUACUCAUAUAACCACAGGCUCUUCACCUUGAAAAGAUGAAGAAAUGAAGUGGGAGAGGAGAGGAAAGGCUGAUGCUGUGCUUCUCAAACUUAAAAAAAAUUUUUUUUUAAAUACUUCUUUAUUUUGGGAGAAAGAGAGAGUGCAAGUGGGGGAGGGAGAGAGAGAGAGAGGAAGAGAAAGAAUCCUAAGCAGGCUUUGCCCUGUCAGUACAGAGACCAACAUAGGGCUCAAACUCACAAACCAUGAGGUCACUACCUAAGCCUAAACCAAGAGUCAGACACUCAACCAACUGACUACCCAGGUGCUCCACUUCUCGAACUUUAAUGAGUACCCAAAUCACCGGAGACUCUUGUUAAAAUGCUGAUGCUAUUUCAGAAGGCUGGAUUGGGGUUCAAACUUUAACCUGUUAACAAGCUUCUCUGUGAUAUUGAUGCCUCUGGUUUUCAGGUAACACUUCAAGUUACAAUGGAUAGAGACACCAGCCUGUAUAUUUCCAGUACUUAUGGUUUAUUAUUUUUCCAUCUCUAGUUGGCCAUCAUAAUUUGUGAUUUUUGACUGCUGAGCCAUCCUUUCUUUGUCUUGAACUUCUGAAAAUAUGAAGGAAGCAUCAAGAAAAUGUAUGUGCCUCGCAGGCAUGUGUAGGAGAGAAAUAGCACUUCCAAGAGACCUUGUGUGGUGACAUUCUAAUUGGAGAAUUUCUCACAGCCCAGGGCUGAGUCCCACAGCCUUCCAGCUUCGAGGAUCUGAAUGUGUCAGUCCACCGAGAGUAGGUCGUUGCUCAAGAGGGACUACACUGAGCAAGCUCAUAGCAAUCGUUGCUAAAACUGGAAUGCCAAGCCAUUCAACUACUAUGGCAUGUUAGGGUAAUGUUUGAUGUGGAAAACAAACUCUAAAAUUUCUAAAAGUUCAAACAAUGGGUAUUUAGUUUUCAUUCAUGAAGCAGUAUUAUGUACCAGCUGUUUGUGGUCGAUGAGCAGCUUUCCUCUGUGUAGUGAUUCUGGGUUGCAAGAUUCCUCCAUCUUGUAGUUCGGCUGUUUUUCCAGGGUUUUGUAGUCAAUGAUAUUCAUGUGCCUGAAGAACAAGAGUGUAUAGAGGAGACUGAACAACUUUCUGAAAAGCUGUGGUCUGGAAGGGACACCCUCUCUUCUGCUGACAUUUCAUUUGAUGAUAACUAGUCACAUGAUUACAUAGAAAUGCAGGGGAGGCUGGGAAGUGUAGUCCUGGUCAGGGAAUCUCCUUGCUGGUGAAAAUAUAUCUAACAUAAGGUCAAUACAAAUUUUAGUGGACUACUAGCUGUCUCUGCCACUUAAAACAGCAGUCCCCAUUGCCUUCCAUUUUCUUAGGGAGGCAUGCUUGGUGGUCUCAGUAACCCAUGUGGAAUAAUAUUUUCCAGGUUGAAGGAGUAUGGAAUGGAGGUCUUUCUAUCUUUAACCAUGUUAACAACCAAGAAAACAACUUCUACAACCGUAUCUGGUAAUGAUUUCCCCCUUAGCGAGUCUUGUCACUUGGGCUUUUAUGGCUCUAUUCCUGACCUUGAAAUUCGUGCUAAGACAACACUGAGGCAAUUUUCUUGUUUCAUAUUGGAGGGGAAAAUUAAAUCGUAAGAGAAUGAUCUUAUCUGUAGAUAAUUCAGCAGAAUAAUCAUCUUGAUUUAAUAAAUCAUGGGAAGGUUUUGGGGUUUGCAAGUGUUAUAUAUUGAUAAUUAAAGUGGACUGUUAUUACAGAUAGAAAUUGUAGGGAACAGUUUUAGAAUCACGUAGAGUUAAAAAUCAGGAUAUCAUUAAGAUAUUAGCCCUAACAUAUAAUACCAGCUGCUAAAAAUGGUAGGAGGGGAGAUCUUACUUUUUUUGGUUGCAGGAGUGCAGGUAGUAGAUGUUUGCACAUGUUCCUUACUUUCACUUGAAACUAUCAGAUCCAAAAUAAAAUUCAUUACUCCUUUCCAUGCCCUCCAUUAACCUCCCCCCACCAUCUUCUACUUACACCAAGGAUGCUUCUAUCUCAGUCUGCGUCUUCAGCUACAUGAGCAAGAAAUCCCAGGAUCUUUGUUCCCUCUCUUUCCAAGAGGCAGAAUAAAGAUGGUUAAGAGUUCAAAUGCCAGAACCAGUCUGCAUGGUUUAAAAUCUGACUCUGUGUGGAUUACGAGCUGUAUAAUCUUGGGCAAAUUCCUUGACUUCUCAAACCUCAGUUUCCUCACCUGUUAAGUGGAGAUAAUAGUAACUACACCACAGGAUGAGGAUUAAAUGAGUUAAUAUAUGGAAAGCACUUAGAACUUUACCUGAUGCCAGGUAAGUAAGCUAUGUAGAAGUGUGUGUUAUUAUUUUGCAUCACUUUUUAGAGUCAUCUGAUUAUAUUUUAGGGUGUCCCUUCUCUCCUUCUCCACUGUACAUGUUCAGUUCCUCUUACCUCAAACUCAGAAUGGUCCCCAGAUAAGUCCUUGCCUGCAGUCUUUUACCUUUUCCUCCACCCUUCACAUUGAUACCAAGAUGAUUUUUCCUAAGCCUCAGGUUCACCCAUAUCACUUCAUUUCUUAAAGAUGUUCAGUAACUCCCCAAGCCCAUUUAAAAGUUAAGAUAUCUUGGCAUGGCAUUUAAGGCCUCCCUUAUUUGUCCUGACCUAUAUAUUUACAGACAUCUGUCCCAUCACAUCCUUCAUGUUUUCCAUGCUUUGGUUAUACAGUGUGCUCUCAUAAAGAAUUUCUCUGGUGUUUGUCCUGGGUUCUUGGAGCAUGAGCUUCUAAAAUUUCCUGAGUGAGAGCAUGUCUUUGUUAUGUUAACAAGGUGACCCAGAGUGAACACCUAGACAGUUUCAGGAUGGGGACUGCUCACCAGAAAGCUGUACCAUAUGAUGAAAGAGUUAGAACUUUGGGCCAGCCCACCUCUGAAAAGGGGAGGGGUUCUGGAGACUGAGUUCAGUUUCACAGACAAUGAUUUAAUCAAGCAUGCCCACAUAAGGAACUCCAAUAAAAACUCUUAAUACUGAGUCUCAGUGGCACUUGCUGGUUGGUGAACAUAUUGAUUUGCUGGGAGUGUGACAUCCCAUGAUUUCAGAAGAAGAGAAGAGAGCACUCUGCAUUUCCUCUCAGACUUUGCCUUACAUGUCUCUUUAUCCUCCUGAUUUGCUUUCUUUAUAAUGAAACUGUAAUUGUCAGUAAGCAUAAUGCUUUUCUGAGUUCUGGAGUCAUGCUAGUGACUUACUGAAACUGAGGGUGUCAUAGGAACCUGCAUUUUGAACCAAGUGGCUAUAAACUCAAGGCUGUAAUAUAAAAAUCCUGCCUGAAUUUGUAGCCUGCCUCACAGAAUUCAGACUUAAGACUUCAUCAACUCUUACCUGAUGCCAGCUUGCCAGCUUGCUCUAUGGACUUUCCAGCCCUCACAAUCAUGUGAACCACUUUCUUAAAAUAAAUCUAUAUAUAGUUCCCUCUCUGUCUCUCUCUUUGUCUCCUCUCCACCGCCCCCUCCCCCCUCCCCCAGCCUACAUUAACACACACUAUUGGUUCUGUUUCUCUGGAGAACUCUGACUAAUACUGAUGUGCGAACAGCCCUGAAGUAAGAAGUAAACAUCUGAAGUAAGAGCAUUCUUGUUGGAGACUGUCCUCUAUCACUUGAGGGGCCUGUCCUAACUCUGAGUGGUUAGUACCAGAAUUGAUUUUCAGUACACUCAGUUGGGGUUGAAGCAGCGUAACAAGCUGAGUGAUUCUUUGCUAAACUGGCUCAAAUCUCAAGGCCCAAUUCAAAAGAUAAAGUCUUUACAAAGCUUUCCACAAUCUUCCGACAAGAUUGACUUCCUCUUUCAUUAUUCUAUUCCUCUUUUACUGAGUAUAUAUGUGUCUUUAUAUCACAGUCUUCCAGUCAGAUGUAUAAGAAAUUUUACUUUAUUUUCUCUAAUAGACUUUCAGGCUUGGAGCAUUCCUCCAUUCAAGAUGGCUGGCAGAAAAUGUAGCUUAAGUCUUUCCUGGGACUUCCACUUAAGGUUUUUCUAUGGUUCUUAGAUCUGGCAUGCAGGGGAGGGGCAGGAUAUAAUCUCAGCUCAUACAGGCUAUCCUUGAGACAUCUACUGUUUUUCAAGGUCUCUUAAGUCCAUUGAAUUAUGGCAGCUUCUCUACCAUACUUGGGAAAUGACAACUUUGAGAAGCUACUAAUGGGGUAGAUGAAGAGCUCACUUUCGAGAGAUCUGUGGAUAUCUAAGUGAGGAAUCCAACAGGAAGUUGGAUAUUCAUCCAUUAAACCAACAAGUAUUUACUGAGAAAAUAUUCAGUAUUAUCAGUGAGUAAUAUCUUAGGUGCUGGGGAUUUAACCUUGAACAAAAGACAUAUGAUAUAUUUACUUGUGGAAGUUCAAAUUAUUAGACAUGAUUCUAAAGUUCAGGGUGUUGGUCUGGAUGGAUAGGAAAAUCUUGAAGGUGAAGAGCCAGUGAAUGUAAUGAAAAAAGCAAAGGUAGGGGCGCCUGGGUGGCUCAGUCGGUUAAGCGUCCGACUUAGGCUCAGGUCAUGAUCUCGCGGUAUGUGAGUUCGAGCCCCGCGUCGGGCUCUGUGCUGACUGCUCAGAGCCUGGAGCCUGUUUCAGAUUCUGCGUCUCCCUCUCUCUCUGACCCUCCCCCGUUCAUGCUCUGUCUGUCUCAAAAAUAAAUAAAAACGUUAAAAAAAAAUUUAAAAAAAUUAAAAAAAAAAAGAAAAAAGCAAAGGUACAAGAGAUAUCAGAUGACUGAAGGGGCAAAGUUCUGGAGUAGGAGGGAAAGAUGGAAUAAAGGACUUAAUGGUUGAUUUGGUCUUCUACUGACAGAGGGGCAUCUUCUCCUUUGACUGGGAGAACAGUUGUUAAGGAUUUAUGGGAAUUUGGGAACUUGUAGAUAGAAAUAGAAAGAGAAGAAAAAGAGUCAUGGCCCAGUUUUCUCAAAGCAAAGGCAAAAACAUCUGCUGGGAAUGAGGAGGACUGAGAUUCAAUGGGGGACUCGGGGAGGUGGAGAUUUGGCAGUAGUCAUGGAGGUCAUUGGAAGGGAAAAGAUGCUGCCAAGCACAAAUAAAGGAAAGCACAAAUUUACGUGGACACCAUUUUGGCAGAAUUAUGAGAUUUUUCAACCAGGAUAGUAAAGCAGAUAGGAUAAAGAGAUGUGAAUCGUAGAGAUGUGUCAUAUUGAAAUAGGACUUUAGCUACCUCCAUUUUGACCUCAAUGUGUACUUUCUACCUAAUUAGGUUCUUUUU